GAGGCGGUGAGCGGAGCGCCGGCGAGCCUUGCCCGAGCCCCGGCAGCGGCGCAGGGCUGGAAAAACUCCCCCUAGUUUUUUCUUUAACACAUUGAAAGCCUGGCGAAGCAGACACUGGGAUGCUGAUGAGAUCAAGACAGUGACUGGGUUAAGUUUUUCUCCUUUCUGCUCCCAAGGAGUAUUGCCAGAUUGCUGUGGAAAUGAAUGGAGAACAGCAGCAUGAGACAGAUGCAGGAUCUGUUGUGGAAGAAGCAGAGUUCAGUUGGGAUGAGUAUUUGGAAGACACAGGAGCAACAGCAGCACCUCACAGCUCAUUUAGACAUGUGGAUACUAGCCCACAAAAUGGCUUUACACCAGGCAUGAAAUUGGAGGUUGCUAUCAAAACUGGGCCUGACACUUACUGGGUUGCCACAAUCAUUACCACUUGUGGGCAGUUACUACUUUUGCGAUAUGAUGGUUAUGGGGAAGACCGCAAGGCUGAUUUCUGGUGUGAUAUCAUGACAGCUGAUUUGCAUCCACUUGGCUGGUGUGAGCAGAACAAGAAGACCCUCAAAGUGCCUGAAGGCAUCAAGGAUAAAAUUCCCAACCAGAUAGAAUUCCUUCAGCAAACUCUGAAAGGAGCAUGCAGCGCCCCUGCCGGUCUUCUAGAAGGGCUCCAUCGAGGGAAAAAUCCUUUGGAUCUUAUUGCACCAGGGUCACGACUCGAAUGUCAGCACUUGAAUGAUUAUCUAGGAGCUUGGAUAGUCAGUGUUCUGGAAAAUAUUGGUGGCAGGCUCAGGCUGCGCUAUGAAGGACUUGGAGAUGUGGAACAAUAUGACUUAUGGAUGUUCUAUUUAGAUCCCUUCCUCCAUCCAGUGGGUUGGGCAAUUCAACAAGGGUACAUCCUUGAACCUCCUUUAGCUAUUAGGCACUUGAAGACUGAGGCAGAAUGGCAAGAAAUCCUAGCAAAAAUAAAAGAAGAGGAAGAAGAAUCGUUAGUGCCCACUGAUCUAUUUAAGGACAAACCUGUUGUUGAAAUUCAUUCAUUUUCUAUAAACAUGAAGUUGGAAGCUAUUGAUCCAAAAGCUCCUUUUGCCAUAUCACCUGCUACAGUUACAAAGGUAUUCAAUGAUAAAUAUUUCUUGAUAGAAAUAGAUGAUUUGCGACCAGAUUGUACCACAAGUCGGCCUUUUAUUUGUCAUGUCAACAGUGCUGGACUUUUUCCUGUGCAGUGGAGUCUAAAAAAUGGCUUACAUCUCAACCCUCCACCCGGUUAUCCAGGACAAGAUUUUGACUGGGCAGACUAUCUCAAGCAGUGUGGAGCUGAGGCUGCUCCCCAAAGCUGUUUUCCUCCGUUAAAUUCUGAGCAUGGUUUUAAGGAGAACAUGAAACUUGAGGCUGUGAACUCAGAAAACCCAGAAGAAAUCUGUGUGGCUACUAUCACAAAGGUGAAGGAUUCCUAUCUCUGGCUACAGCUGGAAAGUUCUAAAAUCCCAGUCCCUGAAUGCAUAGUGAGUGUGGAAUCCAUGAAUAUAUUUCCAGUAGGUUGGUGUGAAACUAAUGGAUACCAGCUUAGACCUCCUCGCAGAGCAGUAGUGAAUAAGGAAAAGAAAAUUGCGGUUGUUCAACCAGAGAAACAGAUAUUAUCUUCAAGGACUGUCAUUGAGGGAUUAAAGACCCAGGAACUGAACACAGCUGAAACCAUUGUAACAAAUGGUAAAUACUGUUGCCCAAAGAUCUACUUUAACCACCGAUGCUUUUCUGGACCUUACCUUAACAAAGGGAGAAUUGCAGAACUCCCACAGUCUGUUGGACCUGGGAAUUGCGUCCUUGUUCUUAAAGAGGUUCUCUCUUUGUUGAUCAACGCUGCUUAUAAACCUAGCCGUGUUCUUAGAGAAAUACAACUGGAUGAAGAAGCUGCAUGGCAUGGAUAUGGAGAGACUUUGAAAGCAAAAUAUAAAGGAAAGAGCUAUCGAGCCACAGUGGAGGUUGUAAGAACAGCUGAUCGAGUUGCAGACUUCUGCAGGCAGACCUGCAUCAAACUGGAAUGUUGUCCAAAUCUCUUUGGCCCCCAAAUGGUGCUAGACAAAUGUUCUGAGAACUGCUCUGUUCUGACAAAAACCAAAUACACCCAUUAUUAUGGGAAGCGGAGAAACAAAAGGAUUGGCCGACCACCUAGUAUCCACAGCAACAUGGAGGCAAGCAUGAAGAAAGCAAACAGGAAAAGAAAAAAACGGAAAAACUUCUUCGUUCAUAAGAAGAAGCGAUCUUCUACCUCUGUGGAUAACACACCAGUGGGAUCACCCCAAGGAAGUGGAGGUGAAGAAGAGGAUGAUCAGGAUGAGGUAGAUGAAGAAUCUCUUACUGAAGACAGCACUUCUGAGCAUCAGGAGGAAUUGCUUGAGGAGUCUGAAGUAUCAGAGAAGAAAUCACAGUCAUCUUCCCCAACUCAGAGUGAGCAGUCUCACUUUGGGGCUCCAGACCGGGACAAACGGAAAAGAAAACUACGGACUUUUUCUUUCUCAGAUGAUGAAAAUAAGCCACCUUCACCAAAGGAAAUAAAGAUAGAAAUUGAUGAAAAAUUACAGCUGGACAGCAAUCCUCUGGAAUGGAGUGUAGCAGAUGUCGUGCGGUUCCUUAAAUCUACAGACUGUGCACCAUUAGCUAGAAUAUUUCUGGAUCAGGAAAUAGAUGGGCAGGCACUUCUCCUGCUCACUCUUCCCACAGUUCAGGAGUGCAUGGACUUGAAACUUGGCCCAGCCAUUAAACUUUGCCAUCACAUUGAAAGGGUUAAAUUUGCCUUCUACCAGCAGUUUGCCAACUAAAGCAGGAGGAAGAGGAUAAGCUGAACCUGAAAUUUUGAAGCACAACUGAAGUGACCUGCUCUUCCUUUAGCAGGAAGAACCAAGGGGGGUUAGAUGGAAACUGCUUAUAAACUGGCUUUACAGUUUUGCACUUUGAGUGGGAAAAAUACUUGGAGCAAAAUAUUAAUGCAAUCCCAACUAUCUUUGCAGCUGGCUUAAGAAAGUAGUACUUAAUCAUUCUGUACAUCAGGGCUUUUUUAUGAAUAAAGAUGAUUGAAAUAACUUUUGAGGGGGAAAAAAAUUCCUCCAGUUGUGGUCUGGACAGAAAGGACUUACAGCACGUGGAAAGGAAUGCAGAAGAUGAGCAUCUCUUUGCUGUUUGCUGAAUGACCGUCCUCCUUUUUUUUAUGGUCUUGAAGAUAAUUUAAAUGAGUAGACUAGCUGUUUGCCAAGAUAAGUGGUGUGGCCAAAAGCUUAAAAACGAAAGCGCAGCUUCUUUAUGAUCUUUAUUUUAGAGCCUGCUCUCUACCUCUAAAACCAAAAAAGGCUACAAGGCAAAUAAAAGGGUGAUGCAGCUGCUGAUUUUUCUGUAAUUAAAUUAAGGAUGCCCAUCUCUUUCUACUGUCCUGACAGAAUCAUAGCCUUUAGCAGCUACUUGAUAGUCACAAACUGAAGAAGUAGCACUCUUUAUUUUAGAGAAAUACUGAUAGUGAAGGUUGUGUCUGUCAUGCUGCUGGUAAAGGUAGAGAGAGGAAAUUUAGAAAUUGUGGAUGUUAAUAUGUGGCAUGUGGUAUGGGUAAGCUAAAGUUGCACAGAAAUAUUGAUACACCAGAAAUAUAUUGGAAUUUUUUUAGAAAAAUAUGUAAUUUUUUAGCAAAAAUUACAUGAUCUCCCCUUAUUCUUAUUUGCUUAAAAAAACUGAACUUGCAUCCUUAGAAGAAGAAUGAAUUGAAAUGCAGAGCUCCUACCGGUUCUUAAAGAAUUGAAUUUCUCCAGUUAAUUGUUCGUUUUGU